AUGGCUUAUCGAGAGGAUGAUGUCAAAGACCUAAUGGACCGAGUAGUCACUGCAAAGAGCUCUCUCAAGAUGGCUAUAUCUAUCAUUGUUCUGAAAAAGACACAUCAUGGGCACAUUGACACCCAAAUGUUGAUCCAGGAGAUGAAGGAUGAAAUGGCUUCGAAGCUCGAACGGCUUAAAGAUGACUACGAAGACAAUAUUCAACAUUUCAAAAGCGCAAGUAUUCAGAUACUAGAAUCGGCUGACAUGAUCGGUCGCCUGAGUCGAGGUACAACAGACGUGACGCGAAAAGAAGAUACCUCUAGCCUCCACCGUCAUAUCGACGAGCAAGACCAUGACCACUUGCCUCAAUCUGUUCUUCAAGAGAAUGGAAAAUCGCAUUUACACACGAGAAACUCCCCUGAUGAGCAUACCACAACAUUAGAAUCGCGUGAAAGUCAACGCAUCUUAAGCCUAUCUGGUGAAAGAGCAAUGGAGAAUAUUGACAAUCUUCGACUGGUCCCAUACACUCAUGAAGUUCCCCGGAACAGUCAUGAAGGAAGCUUGAUACCAACCAAGACCCACGGCACGAACUCCUGCGACGUGGAGAUUUUAUUUCAAAACGGAGAGCGAGUCCAUCUUCCCAGAAGCCUCAGUCCCGUACUGAUCCAGAGCAAUGAAGGAUAUGAUGAGGCCGAAGGCCCAUUGCUCCUGGACUGGAUUGAUAGUGAAAACAACAUGGAAAAUCAACCACUGAGCGGAUUGGCCAUGACUGAAUGGAGGCCACCUGGCUCUCCACCAUCUUCCGCCCAGCAGCUUCUGAACUUUCUCAGACACAACCUUGAGCCCACUGAAACUGAAGAGGGAUCCAUCAAAACUGAUAGCGAGCCUGCUGGCAGUGAGGAUCAGACUACUGAAAGUUACGACAAGACUAUUGCAAGCGAUGAUAACUCGACCAAAAGUAUCGCUCAUGCUACCGAGACUGACGAGGACUGGACUGAAAACAAAGACUGCUUGACUGAAUGCGAUGAGGAGUCAAAGUCAAGUGAAGAAAAGCCUACUAAGAGUGAGGAUAAUGAUGGAGAAGAGAAUAGUGAUGGGGAAGAGAAUAGUGAUGGGGAAGAGAAUAGUGAUGGGGAAGAGAUUAGUGAUGUGGAAGAGAGUAGUGAUGGGGAAGAGAGUAGUGAUGGGGAAGAGAAUAGUGAUGGAGAAGAGAAUAGUGAUGGAGAAGAGGUUGGUGAUGGGCAAGACCAAGAACGUUUCCCUUCUGUAGCUGGCUCUUUCUCACGUGAAGAUGCUUCAAGUCCACAAUCUGUGGACUUGAAGAGGAAGGCCGCUUUUAUUCAAUAUGGGAGUUGUUCCUAUGGGUAUAGAUGUGGCCGUUGCCAAAGGGAAACACGGAUCACCUGUUCCUGUGAGUUUGGGCUUCCACAGGAUCGACGGAGUGGUGCAAAAUCUAAUCUUACCAAGGAAACUGGUACCAAAGAAACUGGUACCAAGGAAACUGGUAAAGAAGAUUCCACUUGCUGUAUCCAGUAG